AUGUGUCACGGCCACCCUCGUCUCCACCCUUGCUCACACACUUCGAUCAACUGGCACUACUGCCCUUCGGCCCUGAUUGAUCUCGAAACGGGUGUAGAGACUCCUUGCUCACACCUGAGUUAUGCAACCGCCCAACCCAGCAAUGCCGACUGUCCUUUGAUCAACUUCCCAACACGAGCGACCACCCCAGAUAUGGCAUUCAGUGAGCUCCGUCAGGGGGCUGCUAGCCGCAGGUUUGGCUAUGGCUCUUCUAGUCGCUCUCACCGUCGAGGUUCUGCCUUAUCCAAGAUCAACGGGUUUCCUCCUGUGGAUGAGAACGCAGACACUGUGUCGCCCUCCGCAUCAGGCUCGUGUUCAAGAAGCAACAACUCUUACAAAUCGUCUACAUCCGGCAAUACCUCUUAUGGAUCUGUGACUUCAGCAAGCCGAAGCGCGGCCUACAGGGUCGAUUUGGAGUACAGUUCUAAACGGCACAAGUCAUCCUCCGGAAAGUCAAGCAAGAAGAGCCAGAAGUCUAUGAGAGCGCAUUGA